AUGCCAAACAUGAAUAACAGGAAAUAUGACGAGGAUGAAUCGUUAGCCUCGAACUCACAGACAAACAAUAUUUCUAGUGAACAUAAUUCAAAUGAUCCGAAAACUGACCAUUCUAAUGGAAAAAGAAAAGUAAUCAAUGACGAUGAAACUACAACAUUAAAUUCACCGCCGAAGAAGUUAGCAACUGGAAAGUGUACAAUUGAUACAAGUGCUGGCCAGUCUAGUUCUAAAAGAAAAAUUAGCGAUGAUUACAAUGAAUAUCAGAGAGCUAAAAAAAACCCAUGUUGGGAUCAUCAAAGUAACGUUAACUCAACAACUUUUAGUUCAGUUUUAAGCAAUUCGCAAGAAGAUUAUUGUCAAGUUGAAGAAAACGGGUACAUUAAUAUUUCUGGACAAAACCCGAUUAUCUUGGAUACCAUCAGUUUAGUUAAUAAUGAAGAAAUAUUUCACGACGAGAUCAUAUACAAUAGAAUAAAUAUGAACUCCGAAGAAAAUUCCACUUCAUCAUUUACAGAAGAAAAAUGCCAUGAAUCGGAGUCCAAUAUGUUGGAAAUAUACUGUGGUGGUCAAGUUGAAGAGAACGAUCAUGUUGUUUCUGAACGUAUUCCAGUCGUUAUGCCUAGUUUUUCUUUGGGUGAUGAUAAUGAACAUACUUAUGAAGCCUUUCAUAAGAUAUCUAACACGAACUCCGAAGAAUUUUCCUCUUCGUUGUUGACAGAAGAAAAUGGUUACGAUUCAUCUGACUUGUACGAUAAACAAGAAUAUCAAAUUGAUGACCACAUUUAUUUAGAAAGAAACAGCUCAAUUGAUGUCACUCAUCAACAACUUCCUGUCAUUUUGAAUACCUUGGAUGAGCAUGACAAUGUUGAAAACAUUGAUGACAGUUUUUCUGAAGAAGAUGAUAUAAUGAGUUAUCAAAUGGACUUUGAUGAUGUCGUUGAAGAUGAUGAUUAUGUCGAGAAUGACCAUGAAUAUUUUGAUUCCGGAUAUGAAUCUUAA